AUGGAGGCAAAGUACAAAACUCUUAAUUUAAAACGCGCUUCAAUUAGAGGCCGUGUUACGAAAUUUAAUAACCAUUUAGAAGAAUUAAAAGGUAAAAAGCUUACUCCUACGGAAGUUAGCGUGCUAUCGCAGCGAUUAGUUAAACUUGAAACUUUAUUUGGCGAAUUCGAUAGCGUGCAAAAUCAGAUUGAAGCAUUGGAGGAAAAUAAUUUAAGCUUAGAAUUGGAUACCAGAGAAGUUAUCGAACAAGCUUUCCACAAUUCGAUCGCAUUGGCUCAGGAAAUUAUUUCCAGCGUUCAGUUCGAUCUGAGUCCUCCUGAGUAUGCCAAAGGUAUUAAUGAGAACAGGUAUGAUCCAAACAUUAUAUGCGUGUGUCUUAUUAACCUUCCACAAAAGACUGUUGAGCACUUUGGUCAAGCAUGCAUAAAACACAUCGCAAACUGA